GUGACGGGUGGGUCAGCUGCCACACCUUUCUAACGAACAGACACCAGCGACAGUGCAGUGCUGUAAAGCGGACCACUUUCUCGUUUCUGGAAAAUCCUGUUUUUUUCUAAUAUUUGAUUGAAAGAUGGCUGCUCAGUGUGUGACCAAAGUCGAGCUCUCCGUCUCUUGCAACAGUCUCAUUGAUAAAGAUGUGGGUUCAAAGUCGGACCCACUGUGCGUUCUGCUCCAAAGCACCGGAGAUGGCAAAUGGACCGAGUUGUGCCGCACUGAGAGAAUCAACAACUGCCAGGACCCUGAGUUUUCAAAGAAGCUUUCUGUGGAUUACUACUUUGAGAAGGUGCAGAAACUGAAGUUUGGCGUCUAUGAUAUCGACAACAAGUCUGUCGACCUCGGUGAUGACGACUUCCUGGGGGGCUUCGAGUGCUCUCUGGGGCAGGUUGUUUCCAGUAAGAAGAUUACUAGGCCGUUACAGCUCAAGAAAGGAAAACCUGCUGGCAAAGGCACGAUCACAAUUGUCGCUGAGGAGAUAAAGGACAACAGGGCUGUCACGAUGGAGGUUGAAGCGCGAAACCUUGAUAAGAAGGACACGUUUGGGAAGUCCGAUCCGUUCCUGGAGUUCUUUAAGCAAGGGGACGAUGGUAAAUGGCAGCUGGUCCACAGAACAGAAGUGAUAAAAAAUAAUCUAAACCCUUCCUGGAAAAAGUUCACGGUCGCUCUUCAAACAUUCUGCAAUAGUGACAUGAACAAGCCCAUCAAGGUCCAUUGCUCUGACUAUGAUAGCGAUGGUUCUCAUGACCUUAUUGGUAUUUUCGAAACUAACAUGUCUGAGCUGCAGAAAGCCAGCCACGGCUCACCGGUGGAAUUUGACUGUAUUCAUCCACAAAAGAAGCAGAAGAAGAAGAGUUACAAAAACUCUGGGGUGGUCAAGAUAAAGUCCUGUAAGGUUUCACAGCAGUUUACCUUCCUGGAUUACGUGAUGGGCGGGUGCCAGAUCAAUUUCACAGUGGGGAUUGACUUCACAGGCUCAAACGGGGAUCCCCGCUCUCCCCAGUCUCUGCACUAUCUGAGCCCAGACGGGCUGAACCAGUACCUCUCUGCCAUCUGGUCAGUAGGGCAGGUGGUGCAGGACUACGACAGUGAUAAACUUUUCCCAGCCUUUGGAUUCGGGGCUCAAAUACCUCCAGACUUUAAGGUGUCGCAUGAAUUUGCUUUGAACUUCAACCCUAGCAGUCCCUACUGCCAAGGGGUGCAGGGCAUUGUGGAGGCCUAUCGCACGGCCCUGCCCCAGGUCCGGCUCUACGGCCCCACAAACUUCUCCCCCAUCAUCAACCACGUGGGCCGCAUCGCCUCAGCUGCUGCCCAGCAGGGGACCGCCGCGCAAUACUUUGUGCUGCUGAUCAUCACGGACGGUGAGAUCACGGACAUGGACCAGACGCGCCAGGCCAUCGUGGAGAGCUCCAAGCUGCCCAUGUCCAUCAUCAUCGUGGGCGUGGGCGAGGCCGACUUCAAGGCCAUGGAGGUCCUGGACGGGGACAACGGCGUGCUCAAGUCCCUGACCGGGGAGCCGGUGGCACGCGACAUCGUGCAGUUCGUGCCUUUCAGGGACUUCGUCAAGGCUCCCAAAGAGGCGCUUGCUCAGACCGUUCUGGCCGAGGUUCCCAGUCAGCUGGUCUCCUACUUCAAGAUGCACAAACUGGGCCCAGUAAACCCGCCGGCCCCUGUGUCUCAGUGAGAGGGCCCCUGUCCGGAGGCCUCCCGGCCACACGGGGGCGCUGCCACACAGCACUCGGGACCACCAGUAGCAAACCUCGACCUUCAGCUGUUACGAUGAAGCCCAGCAGUGCCUCAUUACCACUCAUUAUUUAGUUAUUACUUUCUAUUUACUUUUCACAUUCUUACAUUUUCACUGAGUAUCUUUCUCCUUAUGUAACCAAUAGGAGCUAACGCCAGGUGCAAGUGAGGAGUUAAAGGGAAAAGACCCAUUCUCAGUCACGUGCAGGUUAUAUGCACAGCUGACUAAAACUGGAUGCAAAUAUCCUCUUCAGAGUUAAGCCAUAGGUCCUUUGAGCCUGGUGUGCUGUUUAUAUAUUGAGCUGCCUUUUAAUAACAUUAUCAAUGCAUGGCCUUUCAUAGUUCUAGAUGAUUGCAGACAAAUAUGCUGUACGUCUAGGAUACUUUGCAUAUGUUAUUCCUUGAAGUAUUUAGCAGAGUGCACUGUCACAGUAGAACCCAGUGGUCUUUGAGGUUGGACGGAAAGGCGAAGUGACGUUCCUUGCAUAGUGAAGUACUCUCUGCCAUUGUUAUACUGUUUGCCAGCAUAAUAGCCCUACCUUUUCAGAUGUAAUUUUUCAGUUUCACAAUUUCUUGGUAAGCAUUUCUUUGAAGAUUGUGUGGUGAAAUAUAUUUCUCAAAACACUGGUAGUCAGUGACAAUAUAAUGUAUGCCUCAGUCACAGAUGGUCAGAGAUGUGCUCAAGAAAUGUGUGCCUCACAAUCAGAACACCUUUCCAGUCUUUAGCCAAUCAAAGCUGCUUUAAAUCAUUUUUAGUUCGUAACUGCUUUCAAGGGCUUUGAUGUUCUUUUCUUAGAAAUGAUAUCAUACUGUGUGUACGUUUGCUUAUAAUUACGGGGAAUGGAUUUCUGACAUCAAAGCUUUAUCAGUGGCUUUUAUAUCCUGGUAUUUCAAGCCAAUGUCAGAAUCGAUGCUCAACCUGGUAAAGGUCAGAAUUCCCAGCCAAACCUUUUACUGUGCCAAGUGUGCUUUUUACCUAUUAUUUUUCACAAUACAGUAGAACCUCUGAGAACCAACACACAUCGGAAAUGAAUGGCGUUCAGAACGCUGAAAUUUUCUGAACUCUGAUAGCGACUUGAAAUACACCAAUUUUACAAAAUUCCGUAUUCAGUUUAUUUAAAGUCAUCAUAAACCGAUACCUUAAUGCCAUUUUCCCUAGCAGUAACCAUCAACCGACCAUAGACUAACUACAAUAGUAUACAGUAAACUUGUAAAAUAGCCAAAUCGGAAACAAAUCUGUAUGGUGACAUGGCAAAACGUUGAGCUUUUGUGGAUGAACACCAAUGGUCAAGGAAAGUCAAACUUGCUGCUUGCUUGGCUGUAGCCAUCAGUGUGAUAGUCUUUGCUGGAUUUACAAUCAUUUGCCUGCACCCUCCCAUCGGACUGAAUUUUGUCCUGGUCCAUUAUGUCAAAGGUGGUGCCAGAGAACAAUAGAGACACACCUCAGCGCCGUCUUUACAGUGGGAAGGUUUCUUACAAUGAGCUGCUGUUCCAUACCUUUUGAGUCCUUACUAGGUUCGCAGUUUGUCAUUGGAAUAGGGUAAAGGGGAGAAUAGGAACUGGUAGUUGAGAUUACCAUCUUUGGUGGUACUUUACUAAACUUCCAAAAGUCAUUAAGGUCACUCUGAUUCCAUACCCUGUUCAGUUGAUGACUUUUAUUGGGGUAGGUCCUUGUAUUGGGACUUUUCUUGCCAUGCAAAUGUUGCAUUUAAUUAAAUUGCAUUGAAUUUAAUUCUGGGUGCCAAAUGAGUGUUCUCUUUAUCUUCAAACCCAAACUUAAAGCAAAGGGUAAGGCUCAGAAUUGUAAAUAUGCAAGCAAUAUAAACGUUGACUGAGUGGUGGGGACCAUGCAUGAAUGGUAUCCAUGUCAUAUGUUCAAAAUUAAGUUGUCUUUUGAAAUUGGCUCAAAUACUUGAACUCUUCUGUGCCUUUUGUAGAUCUAAAUAUGAUGCUGAAUGUGAUGCAUCCCCUAUCGGUAUAUCCUGUAGGUACCUCCAUGGUGGCAAUGCCCCCCUCUAGUGUAAUUUGAGAACUUUAUAACCAGUAUGUGCUCCCUGUGUUCACUUAAAAAGUUCAAGAUAUUAUAAAAUAAAUAUUAAAUGCCAAAUCGACAUGUCAGGCUUGAGGAAGUGGUUUGCUGGAAGUGGUUGGCUGGAAUGUUUGCUGUAAUGACCACACGUACCAUAAGCACCUAUCCGCUGCUUCACCUGGCUAUUUAGCACUUUCUCUUUUGCAUUACAAAGUAUAGUGUAAAGCUCUUCGGCCUAUAUUUUAUUACCUUUAUGUGCCUAACAGUGUCUGCGUAAUUUGCCAUAAAUCUGUUUGAACAUCUGUUUGUUUCCUUUCUUACUAAUAUUGAUGGAAGGUGCUUUGUUUGUUUUUUUUUUGUUUUUUUGCUUUGGGACCAGAGUGUGGUUUUCUGACUGAACAUCUGAAUGUAUAAUCUGCACUCCAUGGUUUAUUACUUGCUCGUGCUGCAAAUGUUGCAGACACUGUUGCCUUAAUUUCUGUUUCUAUGCACUUCCAAAUUCAUUUAUGCACUGUUUAACAAACAUAGCUUCUAUUGCUUAAUUUUUAUAUGCUGAAGCAAAAAUAAAAGAAUCCUGUAACAAGAA